CAUUCCCUCCUGCACCCAACAGCAUUCCCUCCUGCACCCAACAGCAUUCCCUCCUGCACCCAACAGCAUUCCCUCCUGCACCCAACAGCAUUCCCUCCUGCACCCAACAGCAUUCCCUCCUGCACCCAACAGCAUUCCCUCCUGCACCCAACAGCAUUCCCUCCUGCACCCAACAGCAUUCCCUCCUGCACCCAACAGCAUUCCCUCCUGCACCCAACAGCAUUCCCUCCUGCACCCAACAGCAUUCCCUCCUGCACCCAACAGCAUUCCCUCCUGCACCCAACAGCAUUCCCUCCUGCACCCAACAGCAUUCCCUCCUGCACCCAACAGCAUUCCCUCCUGCACCCAACAGCAUUCCCUACUGCACCCAACAGCAUUCCCUCCUGCACCCAACAGCAUUCCCUCCUGCACCCAACAGCAUUCCCUCCUGCACCCAACAGCAUUCCCUCCUGCACCCAACAGCACUCCCUCAUGGCACCGCCUCACCUGA